GAAAAACUUUACAAAUUUUCAUAAUAUUAUUAUUCCGCAUCCAGUAGUUCAUUAUAAUGGUGCUAACAUAUUUCGCACCUUAAUCUAAAGUAAACGAAGUAAAAUAUAUCAAAUAAUAGUAAUAAUUAGUGUUUUCGAUAUGGAUGAAGAUUCAAAUCAAACCUCUCGCAGCGGCAGUCAGGCGCUGGAUUUGCAUGACGAGGAAUCAAAACAUCGCGAGUCGGAUUCGCAGAUGACUUUGACCUACGGAGGUUCAGAUUCGGAGCUAAACGACGAUGACACGCUGCGAAUUGAUGAUUCAGAUGGCAAUGAUGAUGAAAGUUCUAGGACAGAACUGGACAAAACGCCCGGGCCACUUUUACCUGCUUCUCCGUUCGGAAUUGAAUCAGUAGCUAGUAAACAGGGUGAGCUCCCGGAAAAGGCAUCGAUGGGCGAUAGCUACAUCGAAGAGAACGUAGACUUUAGUUUGAGGAAUAGGAAGAAAGUAUCGCAGUUGAUUGAUAGCGACUCGGAGGAAGAGCACGGCGAAGGGGGGUCAUCUGUAAGAAAAGUGUGUAACGUAAUUGAUAGUGACGAAUCUGAUCAACCUAAUGAGGAACCGCUGAAUGUACAAAAUAAGGAUAACGAUCAAACGGAGGACAAGAUUGGAAAUCCUAUGAGUAGGCUUAAAUCGUUGAUCGAUUCGGAUUCUGCCAGCCCGGCUAAAGAUUCGGACGAAGAAUGCACCGCGAAAAAAACGAAAAAACUAAAAACCAAGAAAGAGCGAGGACACGGCAAAACCAGUGAAAAAAAGAGCGGCGCCAAUGAUUUGUUAGCUAGUUUAAACUUGAGUUUCAGCGAUGACGAAAGUCGGCCAGCAAAAUCUGAUAAAGAUUCUGGGAGCAAUGACAGUGGGAGUGACAGUGAAACUGGAGCUAGUAAUCAGAAGAGAAGUCCAAAUAAAAAACCGCAACGGAUGUCAGCCAAGACAGCGAUGGAACAGAUGCAGGUCAUCCAAAGUGAAUCGCAACGAAUGGCUCGCGAAGCAGCCGUAUCAGUUCCGUAUCAUCGCCCCAAGCAGCAUACGCUCCAAGAGUUUCUGAGUCGUAGAACGGUGUUCAAGUCGGCUGUAGGAUUGAAUACGCCAGAAAAAUUGGCCGCUGGUCGGAGGAAAGCCAUCACUGCAAUUAAAAUGACCCCAGAGCAGUUGGCAGCUUAUGCUAAACAGCUAGAAGAACGCGAGAAGGAAGCAUUAGAGUUCUUCAAAAACGAAGAGGAUAAAAAGGAAUCAGAGGUUGCUGAACAGCAAUGUCAUGCAGAUGGUGAAACUAAAACACCGGAAGGGGAAAUCAAUAAUAAGAAUGCAAUAAUCUCAGCUCACUCUGAAGAGAAUAAUUCAAACAGUUUGGAUGAUCGUACGUCAGGUGUUGAUUAUCCACUUGAUAAUACCCAAGAUGCAAACAAUGAAAUCCUAAACACGUUUGCUCCAAUAGAUACUGAAUUAGGCGAAAGUCUCCGAGUGACGGAUACGGAAGAGGACGCUUUACAAACAUCGAUCAAUGAAACUAACCAAAAUGUUGAAACCGCUCUGGCAUCUCAAACAGAAACCGUUAAUGCUAUAACACCAAUUGAAACAAUUCCAGUUGAAAUGGAUUCAGUUUCCGAAUCGACCAAAACGGCUCCAGAAAUUGAUUACGAUCCGUUCUCAUCGGAGCCAACUCCCUCAAAACUAGCACAGAAGAAAGCUGAACUUCUGAUGGGUGGUACCUUCAAAACAUUUCCCAUCUUGAAAGGUGACGCAGACAUGGUAAUCGAUCUAAAUUCCGGAGAUAUUGGACCAAAAACACCUUCGGGGCCAGAGCUACUGCUUCAGCGCUUCUCCAAAUGUAGUGGUAAGAAAGCUCAAAAAGCUGCAAGUUUAAAUAUUCUGAGCACUGAUAAAGGCGUGGUCGAAUUAAGCACCAUUAAGCUUGGAUUGGAACAAGAAGAUCGUGAUCCUAAUGGAAAGGAACCCAUACCUGGCGCGGCUUACACGAAACUCAAGCAAAGCUUAUGGGAGAAGAUGGAACAAGCUCGUAGAGAAAGCAUUCUCAAGAGACUGCAGGAUACUCCAGAGGCCAAAAAGAUUGACGACGAAGAGGAUGAAGAAGUGUUAACCGAUGAUGAAGUUGCUGAAGAAGAAGAAGAAGAAGAAGCAGAGGACUGUGAAGAUGAUGAUGAGAAAAAGGUUAAAACAAAGAGUUGUGAUUUUUUGGAUGAUGAAGCCAAACUUGACGACGAUGACCAUGAAGAUAAUGAUGCGGUGACGAAUCAAACACCCCCAGCUGAAGAUUCCAAUGAAGAGGAAGACGAUGAGUCAAGCGAUGAAGAAGAUAGUGAGCCGGAAUUAAAAGAAAAGUUGACUAACGGCGGUGAGAAGAAAAAGAGUCGAAUUAUUGCAGCAUUUGAAGAUUCCGACGAAGAAGAUCCAAUGACAAAAACUGUAGAAGCCAAAUCAUUGGAAAGUAAGAAAACCGAUGAGUUGUUUUCAACAUUUGAAGACAAUGACAAAUUUACACCUUCAGAUCGAAACAACAUAGAAACAGGCGAAAGCAUGAACCUCCUCUGGAAGGACACUGAAGAACAGGAAACUACCAAUCCACGUGCGGAUGAGGAGGAUCUGCUCGCUCUGUGUUCUGGCCGAUUUGGCGAAACGCAAGCCACUUUACCCCAAUCGUUGACAGAAUCUUUUGCAACUACCCAGGCAAUGACCACGACUCCUUCCGAAUUGAACCUGACCGAAAGCGAUCGCCUGACUGAAGACAGCGAGAGACCCACAACAACAGACGCGCUUUUCACACAACGAGUCGACGAGCAAGUGGACGACAACGAAUUAAUUGCCCUCUGCUCAGGUACAUUCGCCACACAGGGGCAAAUGUCUAAUCUGGAGACAGAGCGGCCAAUACCACUAGAAAUGGUCGCUAAAGGUAAAUUGCUUCUCGUUUCUUCCGAUGAGGAAGAUCAACAGAAAGAAAAAGAACGAAAGAAAAAGAAUAAGCGACUACGACGGAACAUCAACAUAUCGGACGAUGAAGAAAGUGACGUGGAACCGGAUGAACAAGAUGAAGGAAGUGAUGAUGAAGUGGUCGAAGAUGAAGAAAAGGAAGACGAGCUUGAAAAGUUCGUUGACUACGAUUCGGAAGAAAACGAGGUAGAAGUUGUGCUGACAAAGAAGGAUAAAGAAAAGGUGGCCAAAACGUUUGUUGAAAACGAAGCGGAACUAUCGGAGUCAGAAUGGGGCAGCGCGGAUGAGGACGAAAAGGAUCUCGAUCGGUACGACAUUGAACUGGGAGAUGAGGAGAAAUUCGAUCAGAAUAAGCUGCAGGAAGAGCUGGAACGAAUUCACAUGCGAAGGAUUUUGGAGCAGGAUAAAAAAGAAGUGAAGACAUUGCAGGACAUGUUCUUCGAAGACGAAGAGAAGGAUGGAGUAGGACGUGAGAGGCAAUUCAAGUGGCGUAAUGUGGAGACGACGUUUAGCUUGGACUAUGACAAGCAAGGAGGCGAUGAGCAGAAAGAAGAAGACGAAGACAGUGAUGGCGAAACGGAGGCUCAAUGGCGCAAAAUGCGAUUUGAACGGGAAAUGUUGUUGAAGGAGAAGAAAAUUGAUCUGGAUGCAAUCAAUUUGGACAAAUCACUGGUAAACGAAAAUGCCCAGGAGGAUGGAGAGAAUAAUUCAGGCGCUGACAAUCAUUCGACACUAGUGACAAAGCGGAGAAUCACCGUGGUGCGACAUAGUGAGACAAUCGAAACAACUAAUAAGCCGCAGGAGUCAUGUUUUUUGAUCAAGCGAUCCACUCAAGUUUCUAAUAAAGCAUCAUUUCUAUCGCGAGACCCUGAAACCCUUAAAAAACUGGUCAAUCUGGUCAAGGUGAACCCAGAGGCUGAUGGAGUCAAUACAGCUACAACAGGAAAAGGAAGAAACUUUGUAUUCACCUCUAUCAGUCCAGCUGUUAAUCAAACGGGAUCCAAGCGGUCCUCGGACGCCGCCGACUUGAAUGAGUCCAGUAACAGUGCUAAGAAAGUAAAAACAAUCGCUGCGUCUUCUAGCAAGGAUGACCAAAGCAAAAAGAGAUUGUUACUAGCAAAGCUUAUGUAAAUACAAAUUCGGAGGGUACUCAAUUACAAAGUCGCGUAGACAUGUUAUGACAUCCCUA